AUGAAGCGCGUGGGCCUGGAACCUAUAGAUGGAGAAGUUGUCAGCCCGAUAUCACCAAGCGCAUUGCCAGAAGACGCGGUGGAGUUGAUUGCCAAUGCCCUCAUGGGAGCAAGUCACCCACUCGUGCUCACAACCUCCUUGGGUCGAAACCUCAAAGCACCUGCCCUGCUGGCUGAACUAUGUGAUAAGUUGCCAGUCACUGUUGUUGAAAUGGUCGGCUCCGAUCUUUGUCUGCGAAGUGAUCAUGAAGCAUAUCGUGGUGUCACUGUCAAUACUCACCCAGAAGUCCUUGAAGCCGAUGUCAUUCUCAUACUCGAUUGUGACGUACCUUGGAUUCCUACCGCUGGCGGACCUCGAAAUGGGACCAAAAUCUUCCAUCUAGAUGUUGAUCCGCUGAAACAACAAAUGCCCCUGUUCUCCAUCCCUGCAACCCGACGAUUCAAGGUUGGCUGUGGCUAUGCACUAAAGCAGAUCAACUCUUUCCUGGAUAAACAAGAAAUUCCAAAAAGUCGCUAUACUGACCUCUUCGAUGCUCGUUCGAAGAACUAUCAGUCGUGGAGAAACAAUUUGACUAAGCUUGAAGCACCAACUGACGACGGCAUCGUCAGUGUGCCUUAUCUGACCUCGAGACUGCGAAGCCUCCUUCCCAAGGAUACCGUGUACGUUUUGGAGGCUGUGACCAAUGCGGGACAUCUCAUUCAUCAUUUGAACUUGACUGAGCCAGGAAGCUUGGUCGCAAGUGGCGCCGGUGGUCUGGGAUGGGGCGGCGGUGCUACUCUGGGCGUUAAGCUGGGCAAGCCUGGCUCUUUCGUGUGUGGCAUUGUUGGCGAUGGAGUUUACUUGUUCUCUCAAAUGGAGAGCGUUUACUGGAUUGCCAGGCGCUACGAUAUUCCGUUCCUGAUGAUCGUGCUCAACAAUGGUGGCUGGAACGCACCGAAGGUAUCCGCUCUCCUCGUGCACAAGGACGGGUUGGCGUCAAAGUCAAAUCGACGAGAUCUCAAUAUCUCCUUCGACCCUUCGCCAGACUACCCAGGGAUUGCGACUGCGGCCGGAAAAGCUUGGGGCGCGACGGUCACUGCGCAAGCUGAAGUCGACUCCACUAUCAACGAGGCGACUGCAGUUGUUCAGGGGGGCAAGUGUGCAGUCAUUGAAGUCUCGUAA